CGAAGAUCCCAAAAGAGCGGGGCCUCCCCAAACCCUGAAUGCUAAAUCUCGCCAUCGUACGUUUGGCCUUGAAGAUUGUCCCAUCGCUGUUUGAUUCGGAGCGACUCGAUACUCGGCGAAACUUUCAAACAGUCUUAGCUAGGCAUUCACCUAGGAGUCCGGAAGGGCGAUGUCUUCGGUCGAUACGAUUUGUCCUCAGUGUGCUAGGAUCAAUUUCGACUUCUUCACUCAACCGCUGGUGGAGGGUCAACAUAGCGAAACGCUACCGGACAUAUCCUGGACCGUAUUUUCCCCGGAAACUUGUCAAUUUUGCCAGCUGCUUCUCCACUGCAGAUUCCCUGGCGGAGACAUCCACCAUCCUCUACAAGGAACACUCCGUGGGGUCUACGCUGGUCACGAGCUUCAAAUCCACAUGGAUGAUGGGCAAACCAGCACAAACUUGAACUACAGUAUUCGACACUGCAAACCCCCUCCAGCCUCAUUCCCCAACGAAGAGCUUCAGGCGUCGGUGUCAUUUGACGUCAAUGAGCUCAAAGACUGGUUGAAACAAUGUAAAAAGCACAAAUGUCUGCCUUGGUUGAAAGAAUAUGAAAAGCAUGAGUGUAUCCCUCCCGAUAAUUCGCUCAAGUCUCUACCGGAAGACUUUCGACUUAUCGAUGUUGAUGAAUAUCGCAUCGUUCAGCCCAAGAAGCAGGUCGAGUACUGCGCGUUAAGCUAUGUAUGGGGCGACAAGGAACAGCCUUUAUUGAAGUCCUCGAACAAAGACAAAGCAGAAAUGCGAGACUUUCUGACAGGUCUCGACCUCCCCAGGACCAUACUUGACGCCAUCGCUCUCUGUCGAGGAAUUGGGUGCCACUUUCUCUGGGUCGACAGUUUAUGCAUCGUCCAGGAUUGCAAAGAGAACAAGUACAGCCAGAUCAGCUCGAUGGCUGAUAUAUACAGUCUAUCUUAUCUUGCAAUCGUCGCGGCUGCAGGGGAAGAUUCGAGUGCCGGUCUGGCCCCUUACGGUCGACGCAAUUCCGACAUUUCUUACCUGCUUCGAACAACUUCAAAUGGCAGCUUCGUCGCAUCUUUGAGCCCUCAACUCGCUGCUCAGGAAAUUGCAAAAUCCGCUUGGGCAUCGCGUGGCUGGACUUUGCAGGAAUACGCACUAUCUCGAAGAGUCCUAUUCUUCACAGGCUCGUAUGCUUUCUUGCGUUGUGAGCAUUCACUGCGAUGUGAAGACUUCGGCCUCGGAUUCUCGGAUUGCUUCGGGGAAGCACGGAAAUGGGACCUUCCUUUGCCGCCCUUCUAUAGAAGGGUAAAAAGCCCCCAUCGCCAUUACCCAAGUACUUUUUCGCAACUAGUAGCACAAUUCGUUCGCCGAAAUCUGAGUUAUGAGAAGGAUGUCUUGAAUGCCUUUACCGGUAUAUUGACUCAAAUGGAGGAUAGGGAACUUGGGCAGGAGGGCAUUGGAAACAAUAUCUGGGGCUUGCCGUCUAAACAGUUCGGGGCUGCGUUGCAGUGGACAACACACUUGCCGUGGCCAAGUACGGAGAGGGCGGGCUUUCCGAGUUGGUCUUGGGCAGGUUGGAUCCAUACGAAUGAUUCUCUUCCUCUAAGAAAGGGGAGCUUCCAUGAUAUUUAUGAAGGCUUUGAUGAUCAAGUGGCUGAUAUUUCGGUGUUGACUUGCUACAAAAUCCACGACAACGGAAGUAUUCAAACGAUUGAAGACUGCGACUUCGAGCGGAUUUUCAGGCACCUCAGCGAGAGUUCCGAUGAUGCGGCAGAGAUUUCUCGCUUCGAGAGGCUGCUCCGACGACACUUUACUCCGCAGCCCUGUGAAAUACUUAUCAGCACCUACAUCCAGGAGCCAAAUCCGUCAAAGCCACCUCUUUCCCACCACAUAUUCCUCUGGGCCAGCUGCGCAUCUCUAUAUGUCGACCCACCUUUAGAUGUUGUUUAUCAUCCAGCAACCUACGAUUUUCCCAUUCGCAUCCACAAAGGGGGUCCCCAAAUUGGUUCGAUCCGUCUCAAGCCCAAAUGGCGAGAAAAAGAGCCGACCUAUAUGCACUUUUUCGUGUCAACAGCUGGAAUCUAUUCCAAUUCUGGCCAGCCCCGGCAACGCAGGUUCAAGGUCAUUUUAACAAAGCUAUAUCAGAACGCGAGAUUGCCUGUUUACAAGAGGAUCCAGGUCUCGUACACUGCUAUUUGUCAGAUGGAUUGGAUGCGAGCAAAGCCGAAAAGCAGGUUUAUUGCUCUUGUGUGAGACUGCUAAAUGGAAACUAGAAUCUCAAGAACAAGAAUCUGAAGUCGGAUUUGUUUGUACCGAAGUUCAAGCCGCCGCCGCUCUAGCAGUCACAAAGGACGGAAGAUGGAUGGAUUUAAUCCUUGGAUCUAAACCAUAGAUGGGUCAGGAUUGAGUAUUAAUAAAUUGAUACAAGUGUGGUAGAUAGAUCUCAUUCAGCGGUUGGGUAUCUGUAAUGUCUGUGAUUGAGGACUGGCUGGGGGAGAAGGGUUGUAAUCUUAUCAGACGCCGCCACUUCGGCUAUAAAGGGUUAGCGACAGCAUGCUGUGUUAUUUCACCUAGAGAAGAAGGUAUUAGAUACGGCCUAAUUUUCUUCUCUAGGUGAAAUGACACAGUAUGAACCGAUAAUAGUACUCGGGGAAGUAAUAAGUAGUAAAGCACAUAAUUAUUAUAUAAUGUU